AUGUCCACCCCAAACCUCACAAUCCAUCAACACACCGGCCCCUUUCCAACCCUCUCAUCCCGUCAACACCCCGCGCUCCGCUUCCUCGAAAACUACGUCAAAAAAAUAAACUCCACAUCCUACUCUAAUUCCUACCUCUCCUACUACCAUCCCCGCAGCAUUUUCCACGACGCAACUGGUAUUGACUAUGUAGGCGGAGCGGUAAUCUGGAAAUGGAUACAGGGAUUAUUUGACGGUGAGAUAUUUUCGAAAAUCGAGAUGGAGAAUAAGGAACUUUUUGUUAUUGGGGGAUUGGGGGGUCAGGAGGAAAGAGAGGGAGGGAAUGAGAUGGAGGGGGAAUGGAAGAUUUUUGGUGAGUCGGUCGCCCAUUGGUGGGUGAAGAGUACUGGGGAGAAAAUUAGUGUGCCGAGGAGUAUGGUGUUUAGGUUGGUGAAGGCUGAGGAUGAGGCGACGGGGGAAGGGGUUGAUGCUAAUGGGGUGGUGGUGGAGGAGGUUGGGUUUGAGGGGUUGCAGAUUGGAGAGGUGAGGGUUUAUUAUGAUCGGAGUUUGUUGAUGGGGGUUUUUAGGAAAAGUGAACAGGAGAAGGAGAGGUUUGGUGCAUGA